AUGUUGUUCAUUUCUGCACUGCUGAUUGUCCUAGCUGUGAAUUCCGGCGCUCGAGCUCAAGAUCCCCUCCCCGACGAGAUCAAGGAAGUGUAUCUAGCUUUCUUGCGGCAUGUUAAUGAAAAUCUGAUAUGGAAGAAUUUGUUGUCUCUUAUCGCUCUGUUCAGAAUAGAGCAUACAGACCCUAUCUGGCCACCUCUGGUGGAGUUCAAAGUCCGAAGGGCUGUGAGUUGUCCUGAACUAUCAAUGGUGGAAAAAGUGAACGAAACUGUCUGGUGGGGUUUCUCUCAGUACGCUAACAAAGGAUGGCGGAUGGUGGUGAAUUAUUUCCCACUUUAUCGCUUCCAUGUUCUUGUCCUAGUGUACAGAAAUACUUGUUAUAUUUCUUGCUAUUACCGGUAUCCAUUCUAUUGGAUCCGUAAACUAGGUCUAGCAGCUGUUGGAUGCAACCAAUACUACUACAAGACAAUAGAUUACAUGGAAUCUCGGUGCAUCUUCUGGCAAAUUAAGAAAGGUAAAACUCUUAAGCAGUGA